AUGCUUUCGAACUGGCGGAGAGGGAACAUACACGCCAUCUUCGGGAUGAUAUUGCUGCACGAACGCAGCAUCUCGACGCUAUUGUCGGCAAGGGGCAAGCGCUGUAUUGACCUGGCAUAUCCAGUGGAGGACUGCGAGAAGCUUACAGAUAAGGACAAGAUCAGGAACGCCCAAAACUAUGCGUUCUUCGCCCUAGACGUCACGGCGAUCCCGCCUAAACGGAAGUAG